AUGGCUGAUAUUGACAAUAGCUCCCCACUUGAGAAGAAGCCGUUGGGGGUCCGUCCAUGGCUUCUAUUCAACUCGUCCGGUCAGUCCCAUAUAUUGGAAGCAGGGAAGCAUGCUAUUAUGCGGCGAACAGGUAUCACCGGCCGAGAUCUGCGUAUUCUGGACCCUGAUCUUUCGUAUCCAUGCACCAUUUCGGGCCGUGAACGAGCCAUAAUAUUCAGUGUGGAGAACAUCAAGGCUGUGAUUAUGGCUCAUGAAGUCCUCUUGCUCAACUCCAAGGACCCCGCUGUCGCGCCCUUUGCAGAAGUGCUUUGUGAAAAAAUCUUGAACCACCAUGAUAGCAUCGAUCCAGAGGAAGUAGGGGCCGAGUUUGGAGGAGAAAAUUUGGAUGAUCGGAAGCGUCUUCCCCUCGAGUUUGUUGUCUUGGAGGCUUGCCUCGAGGAGGCAUGCACUUGGCUGGACAACGAGGCAGUUACAUUGGAGGAAGAAUCUUAUCCGGCACUUGAUGAGUUAACUUCGAACAUCUCUACUCUCAACAUGGAACGUAUGCUUGGUUUUGUUCUCCACUUCUCCCUUGGGUGGUCCUCAUUUACUUUUACAGUAUUGGGAGUCAAGGAUUCUAAAGCAUUAUUUCAGGUGAAGGAUGAAUUAGAGCGUUUGCUAGAUGAUGAUGACCCCAUGUCUAAGAUGUAUCUGACAGAGAACCAACUACAACAGCAGCUUCAAAAUUAUAGUGCACACGAAGAUCAACUAGAUGACAAGAAUAACGAAGUAAUUCUGUCAGACGUAGAAUACAGGACGCCAGCUGACAACUUGACAGAAAACAGUGAAGGUUCCACCAGACUUGGUACUGAUCUUCUUCAUACCAAUCAUGCUCAAGAACAGGAAUUUGUUGACGCUGCUAGUUCAGUAUUUAGCAGAAAAAGCCAAGCAACCUAUGCCAGUAGCAAACGCAGUGAUAGAAGCAAGCGUCAAAGUGUAAAGGAUCUUGAAAUGCUUCUGGAAGCAUUCUUUGUUCGUAUUGACGCUACGCUCAACGGAUUAUCCACUCUGAGGGAGUAUGUAGAUGAUACUGAAGACUAUAUCAACAUUAUGCUCGAUGACAAACUGAACAACAUGAUGGAGAUGGUGAUCAAGCUGAUGACAGCAACCGUAGCAUUGACUUGUUUUAUGAUCGUAGACUCAGUUUUGGCUAUAAACAUUCACAUUGAUUUGUUCAAUGACAAUGAACCUCCAAACAAAUCCUUCUUGUGGAUGAUUUGUGCCGGCAGCUUUGGUACUAUAUGUAUAUAUAUAAUUGCAAUGUGGCUGUAUAGAUACAAAGGAUUGCUGCAUUGACGAGUUAUAUAUGGUACUAUUA